UGUGUCUGGGUGUUUGGGCCAAACAGUCCCGACACGUUGCAGCACCAGCAGAUCGCGGCAGAGCGAGGUUACCUGAACUUAAGGAGGAUCCAGGAGUCCUCUGGAUCUUUUAAUCACCCUGCUCCACCUGUUUGACUCGACCGAACAGCUGCAAUGAAUAACAGCAAGGUCGAAUUUGAGCCUUUUGAGUAUUCCUACUAUGACUAUUCAGAUUGGUACUCGAACAAUGCUGAGCCAACCAAACCACCCAAAGAAGUUAUUCUACCAUGUGACCCCACAGUGGACGACAAGCUCUUCCACUUAUGCAUGCUGUCGAUAUCGCUGGUGAUCAUGUUAAUCCUCGCAGUUCUCACCAGGAAGAACAAAUUCUGCCAAGGAUUCACAAGAGGAUCCUCCAGUAUCUUCAGUCCAGCUAACUUUCUGGACCAGACUCAGAAGAAAGGUCUGGUUAUGGCUAUUUUCGGACUCGUGUUCAGCAAGCUGUCGAUGCUGGUGAUCGCCCCGGACCCGCUGCCUUUCUCCAAAGACACUCCGGCAGAAAUUAAAGAGUACAUGAAGAUAAUCGCCAUCUUCUACUAUCCCGUCCUGUACUAUCCUCUGAUGGUCUGCAGCACUCUGCAGCACAAAGCAGGUUAUGUGUUCGGGACGCUCCUUUCCUUUACUCACUUCGGGGUCCUGGUGUGGCAGAAGUUCGACUGUCCAAAGACUCCAGAGAUCUAUAAGUACUACGCUCUGCUAGGAAGUCUUCCUCAGCUGGCCUGCCUCGCGUAUCUCUGCGUCCAGUUUCCUGUGCUGUUUGUCAAAGGACCAAAGACGGACGAGGACCUCGACAGCCGCUACUACACCGACUAUGUGAAGUUACUUUUUAAGAAAAGGUCCUCAACUGCCAGCUCUUCAUCUACAGACAAACCAACGCUGGCUGAGAGAAUACUGGAGGUGCCUAAAAGUUACAUUUACAUACCAGAAAAAGUGUUUCGUUUUCCUCUGAAGCUUGCUGUAUCAGCAUUCGUUGCCUUUGUGGCGAUAUAUCACGCGGCGCUGUUGUUAGUCGUCCUGGUGGUCCCCACUCUCCAUAUUGUCCGUGCUGGUAUUGAUGAAAACAUCGCCUUCCUGUUACUCGGGUUUGGGAUCGUCCUGUCAGAUGACAGAAUGGAGGUCGUUGAAAUCGUGACCUUCUAUACCUGGUUGCUGGAAGUGUGCUACCUCUGUGCGAUGACCCUGUCUUGUUUGGUCAGUCUCAUCAUGCUCAUGAGGUCCAUGAUACUUCACAGGUCAAACCUGAAAGGACUGUAUAAGGGAGAUAUUUACAGCAUUUAUAACAGCCAGAAGACCAUCCGUCCCUCUAAACCCGGCAUUGUCUGUUGGAUGGGCUUGACGGGAUACCAGGCUGCGAUCGUCUGCGUCGGAAUGGCUAUUCAGACUGUUGUGUUUUUCAUCUGCUUCUUGUUCCUGGUGUUUUUGAUCAUUAUCCCCGUUUUCUACGGUCGCAAUAUCAUCGUCUUUGAAAUCGCGGGAAAGGCAUGGCCGGCCUGGGUCACUCUGCUGCUCGUUACUGUGCUUCAACAUGUGACUGCUAAGUUUGCUUUCAUCAAAAAGGAAGCUGGUACGAGAGACUUGAAGAACAGGGAGAGUCUCUUUCUCCUGACGUACCUGCUGUUCCUCAUCAACACCGUGGUUGGACUGAUCGCCGCAAUAUGGAGAGUCGUGAUAACAGCUUUGUACAAUAUCGUCCAUCUUGGUCGUAUUGACAUCAGUCUGCUGCACCGCACUGCAGAGUCCUACGACCCAGCCUACCGGUACUACACCCACUCCCUGAAGGUGGAGGUCAGCCAGUCACACCCGGUGAUGAAGGCUUUCUGCGGGCUGCUGCUGGACAUGAUGAUCGAGUGCGGCCGAGUUGGGCAGAAAAUAAGAGACGCAGAGGAAGGGAUUCAGGAGAACAGGCCGAGCAAGGCGACCAGCCGUCAGAGGAUCCGCUGUCGCUGGCAGCUGCUGUACACGCUGGUCAACAACCCGUCCCUGCUGGGCUCCAGGAAGCACUUCCAGACGCUGCAGACCUCGGAGAGCAUCCUGAAUGGGACCCCAAACCACAGCUCCAAGAAAGGCAGCAUGAAAGAGGCCGCCGAGCUCGUCCAGUCCACUGAGACCCCAACAAACCAAGAUAAAACUGACUGAGAACACUAAUAUAUAUAUAUAUAUAGUGUUGUUGGCAGUAUACUCCAAACAAAAUUGUAGCCUGUGAGUCACAUUCAACAAAACCCCAGAUUAUAUUAAAUGACAACUGUCUUAAUGUUAAUGGCACCUUAAAGGUCCAAUGUGAAACAUUUAUGAGGCUGUAUUGCUUGUUAGAAAUGGAAUAUAAUGUAUAUGAAUAUAAGAAUCUUUGUGUUUUUGUUACCUUAGAAUGAGACUUUCUUUUUAUCACCACGUUGAACCUCCAUGUUUCUACAGUAGCCCAGAACGGACAAACCAAACACUAGCUUUAGAUGGACGUUCUCAUUCCCAGGUUGUCAAAUCCUGACGCGAGCAGGGUUCAGUUAUGUGCAACUGCACAACUAGAUGCCACUAAAUCCUACACACUGGUCUUUUGAGCUUUGGCUCACAGUGACAGUGCUGGUGAUCAGAGCCAAUGUCAUUGUUGUUUUGUUGUGUUUGGAGUAUACUGUCAGAUGAUGGCACUAGAAUAAACUAAAGGUUUAUCCAAAUUAGAUGCAUGGUGACCGACGUAAAAGACAUUUGUUGUUGCCAUAGUUUAAUUUUUAAAGCUUGAAAUCUAGCUUCAACAGUAAGAUCUAACAUAUCUGGUACGGAUGUAUUUGUCCUUCAUUACAGAGUAUUUGGGUAAGAUCUGCAAACCCUGGAUCACCCACAAGGCAGGUGGAUCAGGUGUCUCAAAAAAACAAUUAUAUUGGAUAUUGGAUCACUUUACAAGAAGCUGAAUGAAUGAACUACAGCACAUCCCACCUUAAUAUGAGAGAAGUAAACUUUCAUUGUGUUCUGCAGUGCUGUUGAGGCCUUUAGGGAUUAUUAUUGACGUGUUCGGUGCCAGUGCUGAUUAAUUAGCAGCCUCAGAACCCGAGCUAAUGAGUCAGUAAGAGGUCAGAGACCAUUUUUGCCUCGGGUUAAUGCGGUUAUGUCGACACAUGCUGGUUUUCAAUGUGUCCAGUUGGUUGUUCGAGGGGGUUUGUAAGAUCACGGAUCAAGAAUGAGGCAGUUUCUGGGUUAAAAGCUGGAAUUUUAUAAGAGAUCAAUAACAUUCUCCAUUGUAACCUUUGGCUUAUAUGCAAUGUAAUAUCUAAAUGUGGUUUGUUAGAAGUUCGUCUACUUCACUUUCAGCUUCAUAAUUAUUAUAAGAUGAAUCCUGUGAUGGGAUAUUGAGGUUGAUCAUAUUGCAUAUUUUCACACACAGAUUAUAUUUUCUGUUAUUUCCUGUAUGAUAUUUUAAUGGAUACACAGACACAUUUUUCAAAUGUUUGACGAGUGACUGCUGAUCCCAUUUUUAGAUUAUAAUGAAAUAAAAUGUGUAAAUACAUCAGAA